CUUCUCCUGCUUCUCUCUCUCUAUCUAUCUGCGUUUCGUCUUCCUCUUCGCAGCUCUGCUCAACCAUCUCAUCUCAUCUUAUCUCGAUUCAGAACUUUCCACAACUGAUUCAGUGACCGGGGGAAAGCUCCUCCACCAUUGCGCAGCCGAUGACUCCUCCGACGUCGGAUCAGACUGCCGACGCCGGUACUCCAACCGGCGGAGGAGGAACAGAGUCGAAGAGAUCUCUCCCGACGCCGUUCCUCACCAAGACGUACCAGCUCGUCGACGAUCCGGCAAUCGACGACGUGAUUUCCUGGAACGACGACGGAUCGAGCUUCGUCGUCUGGAACCCCACCGUCUUCGCCAGAGACAUCCUCCCAAAGAACUUCAAGCACAAUAACUUCUCCAGCUUCGUCCGCCAAUUGAACACUUACGUAGGAUUCAGAAAACUGGUGCCGGAUCGAUGGGAAUUCUCCAACGACUGUUUCCGGCGGGGAGAGAGGCGCCUGUUGUGCGAGAUACAGCGGCGGAAGGUUCUGUCAUCGGCGCAAACUCCCUCCCCGACUCAGGUCUCGAUUAAGCAAUUCGCGUCUCCGUCGAAUUCGGGAGAGGAGCAGUUCGGCGGCGCUUCUGCAACCUCCUCCUCGCCUCUCGCCGGGGCUGGAGGGCCGGCGGCGGAGCUGAUCGGCGAGAACGAGAGGCUCAGGAGGGAGAACAUGCAGCUGAGCAAGGAGCUGGUGGAGAUGAAGAAUCUCUGCAACAACAUAUUCUCCAUGGUGUCGAGUUACACCGGUAGCCCCGGUUCUCGGAUCGCCGAGGAGGAGGCGGCGGCGAGCCCGCCGCCGCCGCCGCUGGAUCUGAUGCCGGUAAAGCGGAGUGUGGGCGAGUUGGAGGAGGCGAGGAUUUUCGGGGUGGCGAUUGGGGCGAAGAGAGGGAGGGAUGGAGAAUCGACGAGUGCGUCGGCGGCGGCGAUGGAGGAGGACGGAGAGACGGAGUUGCAGCUGCAGCCGCCGGGGGAGGUGGUGAAGUCGGAGCCGGGGGAUUGUCAGAACGGAGAGACGCCGUGGCUGAAGCAGAUUCACAGGGCGAAUCAGAGGGUGUGUAAUUAAUUAAUUUAACUCGUAAAUUAUAUCUGUUAGUUUUGUUUUUGGUUCUGUUGCGAAAAUUAGAAUUGGGGUAGAGAAAAGAGGAUAGAAGUUAGAACAGGUGGCGGAGAAGGGAAGGAAUAGUCGCCGGGGUGGGCGGGAACGGGAUCCGAGAAUCGGAACUGGGGAAUGGCACGUGCUGAAUGGGACCACGUGGCCUGCUUAAACCUUGGGGCCGACUUCAGGAAGUUUCUCAUAGACUUUUUUUUUCUUUCUUCUUCUCCAUUUAUGUUUCUACUAGUUUCUUCUUCUCUCGCCAGGAAAAAGGAGAGGGGAGAAAGUGAUGGCGGGAAAAGAGGGAAAAGGUGGGCGUUUCUUUUUUUCUUUUGUUGAUUAAUUAAUUAGUGCCUCAGAUUUACGGAGAAGGAAGUUAAGUCGACUGGUUACGCCUGCUAAUGGGGCUUUGACUAAGCUUCUGCUUCAGCCAUCAUCAAGCACAUGACUAAAACAAACGGUUGGCGUGUUUGAUACCCC